UCAUCAUUGCCAAAAGAAACAAAAUCCAAAACUUAUUUAUCCUUCUUUUGGAAAGUAUUUUACAAGAUUGAUCAAAAAGGUCUUUGCUUGGGAAUUGUUGUGUUCUGUGAGCUCUAAUGGCGGAACAAGUGAAAGAAAAAACAUUAGAGGAAACUUCUACAUGGGCCGUCGCUGUGGUUUGCUUCGUCUUGCUUCUGAUUUCUAUUGUUAUUGAGAAUCUUAUUCAUAAAAUUGGAUCCUGGUUUAAAAACAAGAACAAAAAAGCUUUAUAUGAAGCUCUUGAAAAAGUGAAAGCAGAGCUUAUGCUGAUGGGAUUCAUAUCACUACUGCUUACUAUUGGACAAGGCUACAUCUCGAAUAUUUGCAUCCCUAAGAACAUCGCAGCGUCGAUGCACCCUUGUAGUGCAGCCGAAGAAGCGAGAAAGUACGGUAAGAAAUUAGUCCCAAAGGUCCAGGAAGACGGAGGAGACGACGAUGACAACUCGCGUCGAAAGCUUCUCCAAUUAGUCGAUUCUAUCAUUCCUCGAAGGAGUUUGGCUACCAAAGGUUAUGAUAAGUGUGCAGAGAAGGGGAAAGUCGCUUUUGUAUCGGCUUAUGGCAUGCAUCAGCUGCAUAUAUUCAUCUUUGUUCUUGCGGUUUGUCAUGUGAUUUACUGCAUUGUUACUUAUGCUUUGGGGAAGACCAAGAUGAGAAGGUGGAAGAGGUGGGAACAGGAGACGAAGACAAUCGAAUAUCAGUAUUCACACGAUCCCGAGAGGUUUAGGUUCGCGAGGGAUACAUCUUUCGGGCGUAGACAUCUGAAUUUCUGGAGCAGAACAACUGUUACGCUGUGGAUUGUAUGUUUCUUCAGACAGUUCUUUAGAUCAGUAACCAAAGUUGAUUACUUAACACUGAGACAUGGUUUCAUCAUGGCUCAUUUGGCUCCUGGGAGCGAUGCAAGAUUCGAUUUCCGAAAGUACAUUCAGAGAUCAUUAGAGGAAGACUUUAAAACCGUUGUCGAGAUCAAUCCUGUGAUCUGGUUCGUCGCUGUCUUGUUUCUCCUGACCAACACAAACGGAUUGAAUUCUUACCUCUGGUUACCUUUCAUUCCUUUUGUCGUGAUUCUUAUCGUUGGGACAAAACUUCAAGUGAUAAUAACAAAACUAGGACUACGAAUCCAAGAGAAAGGCGACGUAGUAAAAGGCACACCGCUUGUUCAGCCCAGUGAUCAUUUCUUCUGGUUCGGUCGCCCACGUUUCAUUCUCUUCCUCAUUCACUUGGUUCUCUUCACGAACGCGUUUCAACUCGCUUUCUUUGUCUGGAGUACGGUAAGCAAGCAAGACUGCAUUCUCCGCAGACUUAACAAUGUAGAUGUAAUCAUCAGAAUCUCAAUCGGACUUAUUGUCCAGAUUCUUUGCAGCUACGUUACUCUUCCUCUUUACGCUCUAGUCACUCAGAUGGGUUCAAAGAUGAAACCAACAGUGUUCAACGAGAGAGUAGCAAUAGCAUUAAAGAGUUGGCACCACACAGCAAAGAAACAGAUCAAACAUGGAAGAACCUCAGAAUCAACCACACCUUUCUCUAGCCGACCAACAACACCAACACAUGGUUCUUCUCCGAUUCAUCUCCUCCGCAACGUCCCUCACAAACGAAGCAGAAGCGUUGACGAUAACAGCUUUGCGAAUUCAAUGUCUCCGAGAAGAAACUCUGAUUUCGAUUCGUGGGAUCCUGAGUCUCAACACGAAACUGCUGAGACUUCGACGAACUCAAAUCAUCGUUCAAGGUUUAGAGAAGAAGAAUCGGAGAAAAAGCUUGGACCUUCUUCAUCUGUUGAACUUCCUCCUGGACCUGGUCAGAUACGAACUCAGCAUGAUAUUAGUAAUAUCAGCUUAAGGGAUUUUUCGUUUAAGCGGUGAUUUAAAAUUUUAAAAAUUAAAUUGAAUAUUUAUUAGUAGUGAUUUGUUAAUUACUUUAUGUAAACAGUUCUUGUACAUUUUUCAACAUUAUACAACUUUAUAUACAUAUUGUUGAUGGAGGCACUUUUAGUCA